CUGGGAUCAAGGUUCAUUUACUGUUAGAUUAGAAGAAACCUCAACAUGGCUGGUUUCCUAAGGCUAGGCCAUUACUCUGGACUUCAGUCCAAAGCAUUUACCAGAGGGAAUAUCAUAACCAGGCUGUUGUCUACUUCGUCUGUAAUGAACGGAAAGUAUGUAAAUGUUGAAGUGAAAAAAGAUGUAGCCGUUGUUAGAUUUGAUAACCCUGAUGCAAAGGUAAAUACCUUGUCUGUUGAAAUGCAAAGUGAGUUUGAGGAUGUAAUACAACAAGUAAAGAGCAAUGAUAGCGUCAAGGCAGCAGUUCUUAUCUCGAAGAAACCGGGGUCUUUCAUAGCAGGAGCUGACAUAAAUAUGAUUGCCAGGUGCAAGACAAAAAAAGAAGUUACGGAGUUGUCGACUAAAGGCCAGGCUGCCUUCCAGAAGAUAGCCAGUAGCAAGAAACCAUUUGUGGCAGCCAUCAUGGGAAAUUGUCUUGGAGGAGGAUGUGAAUUAGCUCAAGCCUGUCAUUAUAGAAUAGCAGUGAAUGACAAAAAGACUGGAUUAGGAUUACCUGAAGUUAUGCUUGGGUUGUUACCUGGUGCAGGUGGAACACAGCGACUCCCUAAACUGGUAUCCGUACCUGAUGCAUUAGAUAUGAUGCUGACUGGCAAAACAAUCAAGCCAAGUAAAGCCAAAAAGAUGGGCUUAGUGGACAUGACCAUAGAACCAUUAGGCCCUGGAUUAGUUGAUGCCGACACUACAACCUUAAACUACUUAGAAGACAUAGCCAUUCAGUCUGCAAGAGAUUUAGCCAAUGGCUCUUUGAAGAGGGCACCCAGGAAGAAAGGACUCCAAGAUAAGGUUAUGGAUAUCCUCAUGAAAUACGACUUUGGAAAAAACUUUGUAUUUAAUAAAGCAAAAGCCCAAGUUAUGAAAUUAUCUAGAGGACUUUAUCCAGCCCCGCUUAAAAUUCUUGAGGUUGUUAGGACAGGCAUUGAUAAAGGCCCAGCUGCUGGAUUUCCUGCAGAGGCAGAGGGUUUUGGAUCUCUUGCAAUGACACCAGAAUCCAAAGCUUUGAUUGGUUUAUUCCAUGGGCAGACAGCUUGCAAGAAAAACCCAUUUGGGAAACCAGAGAAAAAAGUCAACACAAUAGGAAUUCUAGGAGCAGGUUUGAUGGGGGCUGGUAUUGCACAGGUUUCUAUUGAUAAAGGCAUGAAGGUUCUGCUUAAAGAUAUGUCUAUGGGUGGUCUAGCAAAGGGACAGGAUCAGGUGCAAAAAGGACUUGAUGGGGCUGUUAAGAGGAAGAAGAUUUCAGGUCUGGAGAGAGAUGUCAUCUUUUCCAACUUGGAUGCCACUUUGAAUUACGACAGAUUCAAGACUUGUGACAUGGUAAUAGAAGCUGUUUUUGAGGACAUCAACAUUAAACACAAAGUCAUUAAAGAAGUGGAGCAGGUUAUAAGACCAGACUGUAUAUUUGCCUCCAACACUUCAGCACUGCCUAUUACACUAGUAGCUCAAGCCAGUGCAAGGCCAGAAAAGGUAAUUGGCAUGCACUACUUCUCUCCUGUUGAUAAAAUGCAACUUCUUGAGAUCAUCACCACAGAACAAACCUCUAAAGAUACAGCAGCAUCUGCUGUUGAUGUGGGUUUAAGACAAGGUAAAGUUGUUAUCACUGUCAAAGAUGGUCCAGGCUUUUAUACCACGAGAAUACUGGCCCCAAUUUUGUCUGAGGCAAUUAGGGUGUUACAGGAAGGAGUUGCACCUUCAAAGUUAGAUUCAUUAGCAAAGGAUGCAGGGUUUCCUGUGGGUGUUGCUACACUCAUUGAUGAAGUAGGUGUUGAUGUAGCCGCACAUGUUGCAGAGGAUCUUGGGAAGAUUUUUAAAGACAGAUUUAAAGGUGGAGAUCCAGAGCUGCUCAAAGCCAUGGUGUCGAAUGGAUUUUUAGGCCGCAAAAGUGGUAAAGGGUGGUUCCAGUAUGACGUAGGAAGUAAAAGUAAACCAGAAAAUCAAGGGGCUCUUGAUCUGCUCAAGAAUUUUGCAGUAGCACCUAGUCCAGGAUUGACUGAUGAAGACAUCAAGUACCGUCUCCUGUUCAGAUUCAUCAAUGAAGCCGUUCUUUGCCUUCAGGAAGGAAUCCUAGCAAAUCCAGUGGAUGGUGAUGUUGGGGCAGUAUUUGGCCUUGGAUUCCCUCCUUUCCUUGGUGGUCCUUUCCGUUAUAUCGAUAUCAACGGUGCCAAAUCUUUUGUGGAUCGCAUGAACAGAUACCGGGAAAUUUUCGGUGUGCCUUUCGAACCCUGCCAGCUCCUUAAAGACUAUGCUAAAGACCCUAGCAAAAAAUUCCAUCAAUAAGUUACAUUUGACCUACAUUAAAAUGAACUCUUAGUGUACACAAGUCCUACUACCUGUGAUACGUGGGAUUAAGUGGCUUGCAUUCUGUUUUGUAAAUUCCAUUGGAUUUAUUUAAUAAGUGUGUGAUCUAUUUAAAUGAAAAUGUAUUGAUUUUGUUUGUGAUGUCAAAUUUGUGAUUUAACUGAUACCAGUGUAAACCAUAUUGGACCAUGACAGAUGUGUUAUACUUUUUUUAUGUGAUGUGCCAUAAUGAUUUUCAUCCUUGGACUGCAAUUUAAUAUAACAAUUUGAAAGUUUUCUGUAAAAUGUUCAUUACAUAAUUCCCUUCAGUUGAAGUUUUGUAGUUGUUAGUUUUUUAGGUAAAUAAAUCACAAUUAAUAUUUAUUUUUACUAACAGAGGUCUUUUGUACAUACUUCAUUUCUCUGUUAAAAUUAUGAUGAAUGUUGAAAAUUAUGUAUUCACUCAUACAAAUAAAACAGAACAAAUUAAAUUGUCAUUAAAUUUUACCAAAUUA